CUGUGUUUCAGUGCUGUGUAUUUAUACUGUAUUUUAUAUAAAAUUUUAGAUAAAAUGGUUAGAUUUACUCCCAAGCGUAUAUGCAGAAAUACUGCAAUUAUUUUUAUUAUUGUUGUCAUGUACUUUUGGUUAUCUUUUGAUGGGGAAAACCAGAUAGAGUAUUCAGACGAUUUGAAGGCUAAAACAUUAUUGAUAAAUGACUUUUGGGUGCCAGAGAAACGUCUUGUAAAGGUUUAUAGGCCAGGUGAUGGUGGUAGACCUGUUUACAGCAGUGCUAGUGAAGAAAAGCUAAAACAGCAGCAGUCAUAUGUUGAAUAUGGAUUCAACCAGUUCAUCAGUGACAAGAUAUCUCUCAAUAGAACCCUACCUGAUACUAGACCAAAACAGUGAGUAUAUAAAAGCUAGUAUACACUGUGUUUGAUGAAUUAACAGUUUGUGUACACCUUCUUAGGGGCUUAUUUAUACCUGGAGAGUUUUCGGCUUGGGAUUGCCUUGGCUGGGUGCCUGGUUUUCAACCUGGUUAGCCAGGUUGAAAUUUCACCAUUGGCUAAUUCCUGACUGCAUUCCACCUAAUUUUCUCGCUGCCAAAGAUCCACACCAGAAAUUCAGCUUAAUAAAACUAUAUCCACCAAAGACUAUAUUUAAAGCGGUCAAGUUACAUGUGCCAAUUAAAGGUGCAAAAAUCUCAUCUUUUAAUAGUUUGAGAACUUUGACAGAUCAUCUUUGGCAGGAGGGGCCUGGAAUGCAGUUGGGGGCUAAUUGGAUAAAAUCCUGUUAAUCCAGACAGAUGGCCAGCAGUGGCACAGUUGUAAGAAAGGGAAAGUUGACAGGGUGCCUUAGGAUAAACACAGUUAAAAGAAAGUUAUCACAAAAUUUUGUUGUGAAGAUAAAUAGUCUACUAGCUAUAAGUAAGUAACAUAAUUAAGUGAGCGUAAUACUUGAUGUAAUCGGUCAAUGAAAAGCCCCAUACAGUACCCUGGUUCCAGAGGCUCUUUGCGAGGCGAAAUUAACGAGAAGCAAGAAGGAUUUAAAGCCUCGAUCUGGUCACAUCGGUUGCAAAUCCCACUUCUACACUUGAUUUGUAGGUUCAGAAUUUGAAUGGCGCAUGUGAUUGGCCAUUUGUAAAAAUAUGUCAAUUGAAACCGGUUUGGGAAAUAAACAUUACUGCAAGGUAAUGUAGCUAUUAUUAAUAAUAGUACAAUGCUGUACAAUGGGGAGUGAGCUGAUCAAACAAAAUAAUGUAAUGUAAUCCCUGUCGGAUUGCAUGAAUGUUUGGAAACUGUACGCUGGAGAUUUCGAAAAUUUAAUAGUAAAUAUAUAGAAUGCAUCAAAAUUGUACGCUUAAUGUCUCUGGGACAGAGCUUUUUCCAACACAUUUUCAGCAAUUUUGGAGAAAGCCGAAUAGAAUGGUUAAUACUAGUCUGCUUAAUAAAUAAUUAAUGCCUGCUGCAGGCAUAGUAUAAUUACUCCCAACAAGAGAAUUGACCAAUGGGAAUUUAUCUAAUGUUUGCCUGCCAAUAAGUUUACAAUGCUUUUGACAACAUUAUGGUAGGCAUUUAUUUUUCUCGCCGCCUGCAAGUGACUCACUCUGUAAAUGCCAGUACUAUGCAGGCUACACUACAAGUUAGUAGCCUGGGUCAGGAAAGGCAUGAUUUUGGUAAUUUUAUACUACACAUCUAAAAAUCUCACAGCUUAUCAACAAGAUGUGUUCAUGCUGCAUGUACAGUAUAAAAUUUAAACUGUCUCGAUCAAAACUACCAUUAAAAAAAUCCUUCAACAUUAGUUCAUGAAACACUGAAACGAGAUGCCCAAAAAUCCCAAGGUUAAUGAUACGCUAGAUAAUAUCAUGAUUGCGGGUAUUCCCUUUGUUCUCGCAGGGCAAUUAAUUAAUAACUAAUACACCUCAUUAUAUUCAUUUUUUUCUAAAUCUAAUCCUACCCGCUUUUACAUCAUGUCAGGUAGAAUUAGUUGUAAUCCUACCCGAAACGAUGUCAAAGCGGGUACGAUUAGAAAAAAUGAAUAUAUCUGAAAUCGCCAAAACUAAACAAAGACAUGGAAAACAAUUAUACCAUUUAAUUUAUACCAUUAUUUAUUGUUAAUUGGUUUUUAAUGGCCCUGCGAGAACAACAGGUCUGUCUGGAAUACCCGCAAUCAUGAUAUUACAAGGUAAUAGCAUAGAAAGAGGCGAAUUAGCUAUUGAAAACGUCCCGCCCGAUGAGGGUUGUUUAGUAAAAUUCCCUUGGGCGCCGCUCGAUGAGGGUCAUUUAGUAAAAUUCCCUCGGGCCUUAAAUGACCCUCAUCGAGCGGCGCCCAAGGGAAUUUUACUAAACGACCCUCAUCGGACGGGACGUUUUAAUAGCUAAUUCGCCUCUUUCUAUGCUAUUACUUAUAAGCAUAGUUUACAUUUAACUAUGUCUGUACAUUUUAAAUGCAUGUGCAUGUAAAAUUAACCGCUAUAUAUUAAGAGUUUUAUUUUAUACAACCGGCUUCUGUAAGUCUUGGUUGGAAAGAAGGAUGCAUGGUUCCACAAGAUUUUGUGUUGGUUAUGGGAAAUAUCGAAUAAUUACUUGUUAUAACCACUGUGUUAUAACUUAUGCCCUUUGGCAGAAUCUCAAAUCAAUAGCACUAAUGCCGGAUCACCUUUCAGGCUCCAAAUAUAGUUCUUAACUUUGGAUAUACCUGUUAAUUGACAAAUAACUGUGUAGUAUAUUAACAUUCACUUAUUUCACUGAGAUGAGGUUCAGAUAAAUAUUCUUAAAAAAAUACUCAGCCAAAGGCAAAGACUAAUUAAUAAUAAGUUUCAGUAUCUAUCAAAUUUUUACCCGAUCAAGUCACGAUUAUGAAAUUUAUCCAGUUAUUUACUGACGAAAUUUACCCUUCUUUUGAAAGCUAAAAGAAAAACAUUUCAUAUUUGUCAUGAAUGUUUGACUUCUAGAUACAUACUGGAAUUAAGAUUCUAGGAAUCCAAUAAUAUCCACUUAGGGUUAAUUUUGCAAAACAUAAAAAUCAAAACUAGAUCUAGACUUUCUUUUCCUGGAAGCCGAAUAUGGUUAAACAAAUGUAAAACCAUCCAAUAGGACAUUAUUAUACAUAAUUUAGUUUUUUUUAUUUUAAACUAUAUUAUAAUGUUUUCACAUCCAGCUUUGCCUAAACAUCUGUCUCUGUCUUUAUAUAUACUAUUGCAGUAUUGGAAACUUUCUCUAAUCUCUAUAUUUUCCUUCAAUAGAUGUAAAUACCGUCGAUAUUAUACAAAGUUGUUGAAAGCAUCAGUAGUUAUCAUUUUUCACAAUGAGGGAUGGUCAACACUGAUGAGAACAGUCAACAGUGUUGUGAACAGAUCGCCGCCAUCAAUGCUUAAAGAAAUCGUAUUAGUUGACGAUUUUAGUAAUAAAGGUAACUCAUUAAAAUAUUCUGAAUGAAAUCAUGCAUCAGUACGAGUACGAGACGAUCUGUGGUUUUACACAGAAGGUUUUUUUACUGGUUAGUUUUGUAUGGGGAGUGUAAUAUUAUUGUGAUUUUAUGAAGUCAGAAUUUAUCUUUAAAUUUUGGAAGUUAUUCAGAAACGUUACAGUCGUUGUAAAUGUGUUACGGGCUGGAAAUGAUGUUUCACUGAUAUCAGUGACAUUUUGGCUACCAUAAAUCCCCUGUUGAGUUCACUUCUGAAAUAAAUCUCCUC